CGAAUCUUGAAAGAAAUGCAUUCAGGGUAUUGCUAAUCGCUUUCUCAUCUUAAGAAAAUGAAUGCGUCCACAGGCAGCAAAUCGUUGGCAGAUCAAGUCGCUCGUCUUUGUUACAGCCAUUUUGACAAUCUGCCCAAGAAAGGCAAACCUCUGCAAGGAAGAGAAUGGACCAUAGUAGCUGCAUUCGUCCAAAGGACUGCAAAAAAAGUAAAUUCAAAUCUUUCACUCAAAGUUGUUUCUAUGGGAACAGGUUCCAAAUGUGUUGGACAGAGCAAACUUUCACAUGAUGGUGACCUGUUAAAUGAUAGUCAUGCUGAAAUUUUAGCCAGAAGAGGUUUUCUUCGAUAUUUAUAUCACCACAUGGAAAUGGCUGCAUCUGGGAAAGAAAGUGAUAUUUUUGUUGUAGAUCCAAAGACAAGAAAGUUUACUCAGAAAGAAGAAAUUUCAUUCCUAUUUUUCUCCAGCCAUACACCAUGUGGGGAUGCAUCCAUAAUUGUAAAAGAACCCAUGAAAACUGAAUCAGGCUGUACAGAAGAAGUAUUGCAGCCAACCAAUGGCAGCAUAUCGCAUCGUGAUGAAGAACCCCCUUUAAAACUGCCAAGACUUGAAAUUCAAGAUGUUCAUCGGACUGGGGCAAAAUGUGUAGAAGGUGGGCCUCAGGACCUCAAACAUCCUGGUAUUGAUCACCACAUUGUUGGAGCUCUGCGAACAAAACCAGGAAGAGGUGAUCAAACGCUUUCAAUGUCCUGUAGUGAUAAGCUGGCAAAGUGGAAUAUCUUGGGCAUUCAAGGAUCCCUCUUGAUGAAUUUUCUCUCAAAGCCAGUUUACGUUUCUCAUAUCAUCAUAGGAAAAUGCCACUUUAGCCAAUCUGUCAUGGAACGUGCUUUAAUCACCAGAUUUGAAAGUGCAGUCAACCAAAUUCAGAAUACUAAAUUUAUGCAGCAUAAACCAGAAAUAAGUCAAUCUCAGCUCAAUUUCAGAUUUGGCAAGCAGAUAGAUGAUGAAAACUGCCAAGUGCAACCUUGCCCGUCUAGUAUAAUUUGGUGUGCAUGUCCUGUGAAACAACUGGAAGUGGCAGUGGAAGGAAGGAAACAAGGAGUAACCAAAAAAACUCAGAACCAAUCAUCAUGCCAUCUUGACAUUUGCAAGAAAAAUCUGUUUAAAAAAUUUCUCUUUCUCCUCAGCAAAUUUCAAGUUGAUGAUUUGCCGAUGCAUUUAAAAGAGCGACGCACUGACAUUCAAACCAUGACCUAUAACCAAGUCAAACGAUUAUGUACGGACUACGUUCAAAUGUGGGAAAAAGUCCGCAUAAACAUCUUACCCACAUGGACUACGAAACCAACAGCAUUGACAGAGUUUACUGUAUCUUUGGCAGCCAAUUCUUAAUACAAGAAGUAAUUUGA